AUGUCCAUCCGGAGGCUCAGAAGCAACCCUAAAACACUGGGAGAUGUUAACAUGGUGACAGAGGAGCUGAAGAAUCUUUACAAUAAGAGGCUGCUUCCUAUUGAGAAAUACUAUUCCUUCCAUCACUUCCAUUCACCCAGCUAUGAGGAAGCAGACUUUAACAACAAACCAAUGGUUUUGGUGAUGGGUCAGUACUCAACUGGAAAGACAACUUUUAUCAGGUAUCUAGUGGAGCAAGAUUUUCCUGGUAGUAGAGUGGGACCGGAGCCAACCACUGACUGCUUCACUGCCCUCAUGCAUGGACAGACAGAAGGGAUCAUCCCUGGCAAUGCUCUCACUGUGGAUCCAAAAAAGCCCUUUCGCAACCUGGACCCUUUUGGAAACGCUUUUCUCAACAGAUUUCAGUGCGCUCAGAUGCCGAAUAAAGUCCUUGAGAGCAUCAGCAUCAUCGACUCACCGGGCAUCCUAACAGCUGCUAAAAGAAAGCUGAGUCGAGGCUAUGACUUUCCAGCAGUGCUACGCUGGUUCGCAGAGCGUGUGGACCGGAUCAUCCUGCUGUUUGAUGCACAUAAACUGGAGUUCUCUGAUGAGCUCACUCGGGCCUUUGGGGCUCUCCUGGGCUACGAGGACAAGUUACGUGUGGUUCUCAACAAGGCUGACAGGGUCGACUCCCAGCAGCUGAUGAGAGUGUACGGCGCCCUCAUGUGGUCGCUUGGGAAAGUGUUUCGAACCCCUGAGAUCUUGAGGGUUUACAUCGGAUCUUUCUGGUCUGAGCCGAGGCAGGUGUGCGACCACUACCAGUUGAUCGAGCUGGAGGAGGAGGAUUUGCUGACCGACAUCAGGAACCUGCCUCGCAAUGCUGCAGUGCGAAAGCUGAACGACCUCGUAAAGAGGGCACGCUUAGUAAGGGCUCAUGCCCACAUCAUCAGCUAUCUGAAACAGGAGAUGCCAACCAUCUUUUGCAAAGAGAGCAAAAAGCACAACUUGAUUUACCAGCUUCCUGUUAUUUUCACCAAGAUCCAGCAACAGCAGCGAGUUCCCGCUGGAGACUUCCCCGACUGCACCAAGAUGCAGGAGAAGCUUCUGGGUCAAGAUUUCUCAAAGUUCAAGGCCUUGAAACCAAGUCUCAUGGCUUCCUUGGAUAAACUUCUGUCCACUGACAUUGCAAACCUGGUGCCUCUGCUCCAGCAGCAAGAACUGAGGAAGAAAUCCCUCCAUGGUGUUUUGGAUGGGGAAUUUUUAGGCACAUUCAGGCGUGAGCAUUCCAAGAGAGAUCCUUUCAAGGAACUCUGGGAUGACGAGAGCAGUGAGGCAGACUUCGACGAAUGGGCGGUGGAGAAAUACAAGCCCAAAUACGAUGAGAUUUUCUUCAACCUCAGUCCAAAUGAUGGCAAACUGAGCGGCACUAAAGUCAAAGAGUGGAUGACGAGCACGCUGCUGCCUAACUCUGUGCUGGCUCACAUCUGGAGGCUGUCAGAUGUUGAUGGUGAUGGCAUGCUGGACAAUGAGGAGUUUGCUUUGGCAGUCCAUCUUAUUGAGGGAAAACUGGAGGGUUACUGGCUCCCCCGAGAGCUACCAUCUCAUCUGGUGCCUCCUUCCAAAAGGCGCAAUUCAGCCAGUGAAAAAGAGUGAUGAAGAAAGCUGGGGCUUUCUUUACAUAAAUUGUACAUAACUGCUAAAUAUGAAUGAAUCUGAUAUGCACUCCACUAUUUUUAACAACUGAGAUGCAUCUAUUAUGGCACGGCAAUGUAAACCUUAAAACAAACUUUGACUUGCUCAGUAAUUGAAUAGGAGUGUUUUUUUCCCCCUUUUUUUAAAUGUCUAAUUGUAUCCCUAUCUAAACAGCAAAUCAAGCUAACAACUGCUCUGAUCUUUAAAUUUCAUUUGUGCUUCGUCGUCUCUUAAACUAACAAAGUGUACAGACAGUGUUAUCCAUUUGUAUGAUACAAAAUUUCUUAAGUUUAAUAAUCAUCACUUUACAUUUUUCACCUCAUAUUUUCAUUUCAUAGCUCAUUUGUUUCAUUAAUUGAAAUAUUGAUUUAAAUAAGAAAAUGACAGCAGGUCUAGGUUGUAUCAAGAGUUACUCAUAUUUCAUACUUUGUAAUUAUAAUGUAUUAUAUAUUGAUGGUAUUAAACUUGUAACUUAAAAUUGAUUGUUUGUAACAGUAUGACCAUGUACAUAAUAAUCAUAAUGUGAGAGUUGUUAGGCUUAUAGGUCAGGUACUCACGCAGGUGGCAGAAGCGGCCAUAUAGUCCUGGGGAGCACAAGCAGCCUCCGUACAGACGAUGGCAAUGUCCGUUAUUGGGACAGUUACACUUUUUUCUGCAAAACCUCCCGAAAUAACCUCUUGGACAACCUGCCAACAUAGAUGUAUCCACUUUAAGAUUGGUUUCCCAUUCAAAUUCAGUGUUCUGAGUGUUAAAUUAUUCAAACAAAUCAUAGUUGAAAUCAGAAAUGUCCAUCUGAAAGUCAUGCUAGUGUUAGGACACAUUCACCACUGUGGAUCAGGACCCACAUAAAUGGUUUCUAGAUGUGGGGCAUACAAUAGUAGUCAAGAAAAAGGAUGAAAACAUGAUUUAUCACACAUUUCUAUCAAAUUUCAGAUGUUUUUUUGAGAAAUUUCCACUGUUCUCUCAAAUACUGGAGUCCAUUUCCGAAAACUAUUCAAAAUGUAUUUUCCCUCUGAUAUACUGCUUCAUAUUAGUG